AGUUUUAUUGCAUAAAAGUAAAAUUCUGACGCGCUUUGCCUUUGUUUUUCACACCCAAAGGGGGCCGAGGCCAAAAUAUCAAAAUCAUUUUGACCUCUAAAUUUUUAGAUCCGAAUCUAAUUUUGCAAAUUUCUCAAGCUUUUUCUUUGAUUUUUUUAAAUUUUAGAUCUUUCGCCCUUCCAAAUAUCAAAUCGAAAGGAAAAAUUUUUCUCCAUAAAGAAUGGCGCAUAACAACGGAAGCAACAACAACGAUCGGGAGGAGUCGAGCCCUCUUUUGAGCAAACAAGUUGUUGAAGGAGACGAGAAGAAGGAAGCGAAUGGCAAAAAGUCGAAGGAGGCGACUGCCGAGGUGGCAGCUUCGCCGGCUGUUAGUACUGCGGCUGGGUAUGGAUGGACAGCUGAUGGGCUGCCGUUAGGCCACGGGAGUGUCGUUGGAGAGCCCAUGGGUCGGGCUCAGUGGGACUCCCCCCUCCUCGCUUGUCUUGGCCGCAACGAUGAGUUUUGCAGCAGCGACGUUGAAGUUUGUCUACUUGGAAGCAUGGCCCCUUGUGUGCUGUAUGGAAGCAAUGUUGAAAGACUUGGAUCUGUUCCUGGGACCUUUGCAAAUCACUGCUUGCCUUACUCUGGUCUGUAUCUGAUUGGAAAUUCCUUUUUUGGGUGGAAUUGUCUUGCACCAUGGUUUUCAUACCCUAGCCGUACUGCCAUUCGGAGGAAGUUUAAUCUGGAGGGCACCUGUGAGGCACUUAACAGGUUAUGUGGAUGCUGUGGAAGCUGCGUGGAAGAUGAGAUGCAACGUGAACAGUGUGAGUCAGCCUGUGACUUUGCAACACAUGUAUUCUGUCAUGCCUGUGCCCUUUGCCAGGAAGGUCGCGAGCUUCGUCGAAGGUUACCUCAUCCCGGGUUCAAUGCUCAGCCUGUCCUGGUCAUGAUGCCUCCUGGGGAGCAGACCAUGGGCCGUGGGGCCUGAGUGCAUGCCGUCCAUGUCCUGCCUUACAAUGAAAGAAAGAAUUCUAGUAGCUUGUCCAUAUUUUUAUCAGUGUCAUGUCAUGUUGUUGUAAAAUAAUGUUUAAAAGUUUUCAUCUACAUUAUCUAAGCCACCAUCAUAGACUGAUUACUUCGUCUGGUCAUACCAAAUAACAUAUGAUUUAUAUAUGGGUUUUACAUAUGUUUUGUUUAUAAUGUAUUAUUAUAUCUUACUCUCUUUUUUAAAAAGAAGUUGGUGUGAUGUUCUACA